GAUUUGGCCACCCUCGGGCGUCGGCUCACCACCACGGCACCACAAGCAUCCAAUGCCUUCCCUCCCCGCCUCCCUCCCUUCUUAAUCCCCACCCUAAUGCCCCUCACUAACCACUCCCGCCACCACUAAACCACCUUCCCCAACCCCGCCGGCCGCUUACCACAGCCUCCGGAGCUUAUUAAAGCCCGGAGUGCCCCCGGCCAGCCGCGUGCCUCAACCUCAAGGAACAGGAGCAAGGGCACGGUGCCGCCGGGAUGGACCUCGCGUCGUUCAUCACGUCCGUGCUGACGUCGUUCGUCAUCUUCGUGGCGCUGGUGCUGGUGUUCACCUGGCUGUCGCGCCGCCCCGGGAACGCGCCCGUGUACUACCCCAACCUCCUCCUCCGCGGGGUCGACCCGUGGGAGGGCCGCGGGCGCGGCACGCGGAGCCCCGUCGGGUGGAUCCGCGACGCCAUCUCCGCGUCGGAGCCUGACGUCGUCGCCGCCGGCGGGGUCGACGCCGCCGUCUACCUCGUCUUCCUCUCCUCUGUGCUGUCGAUCUUGGUGUACUCUGGGAUUGUGCUGCUUCCAGUUCUCCUCCCAGUUGCUGCAACUGGUGGUGCCCUAGUUGGCAUCCCUCCCAAUCCCAACAAUUCAUCUGAAUCGACUCAGGACUUCUCGGCGAUUGAAAGGCUAGGAGUGGGCAAUGUUCCUGAAGGAAGUAUGAGGCUGUGGGCAUUUCUUUUGUCAGUCUAUUGGGUUUCCUUUGUCACCUAUUUCGUCCUAUGGAAAUCCUACAAGCAUGUGUCAAAUUUGAGAGCUACUGCAAGGUCAACACCAGAUGUUAAACCAGAGGAGUUUGCGGUGUUGGUGAGAGAUAUCCCUAGAUCAUCUCCAGAUGAAACUAUAAAAGACUUUGUUGACUCAUAUUUCCGAGCACUUCACCCAAAUACUUUCUACAGAUCAAUGGUUGUGACAGAUCACACAAAGGCUGAUAAAAUAUACCAAGAGAUCGAAGGUCACAAGCAGAAAAUUGCUCGUGCUGAAGCCAUAUAUGCAAACUCAAAAACUGAAAGUAAUCCUGAGGGCACAAAGCCUACUCAUAGGACUGGAUUCCUUGGUCUUAUUGGUAAAAAGGUUGACACAAUUGAAUACUGUAGUGAGCAGAUUAAGGAAUUACUGCCGAAACUGGAGGCUGAACAGAAGACUACCCUUCAUGAGAAACAGCAGCGGGCUGCCAUUGUCAUCUUCAAUAGUAGAUCUGCCGCAGCUUCUGCAUCUCAGACUCUCCAUGCUCAGGUGUAUGAUAAAUGGACAGUUAUGGAAGCUCCUGAACCAUGUCAGAUACUAUGGCCCAACCUUCCGAGGAAUCUAUAUGAGAGGCAAAUCAGACAGUCAGUGGUCUAUGCUAUUGUCUUUCUGGUUGUUGUUUUCUAUAUGGUUCCUAUUGCUGCUAUCUCUGCUGUUACAACUCUGGAAAACCUGGAGAAGAAGCUGCCCUUCCUGAAGGUAGUGGUGGAAAAACCAGCAAUCAAGACGGUCUUGGAGGCUUACCUUCCCCAGAUUGUGCUCAUUGUGUUUCUGGCUUUGCUACCUACUCUUCUUAUGUUUCUCUCAAAACAAGAGGGGAUCCCUUCGCAGAGCCAUGCAGUCAGGGCAGCAUCAGGAAAAUAUUUCUAUUUCAUUGUUUUCAAUGUCUUCCUUGGUUAUACACUCGGAAGCACAUUGUUCAAGUCUUUGACAACCAUUAUCGAUCACCCUGCUGGGAUUGUGACUAUGCUUGCCAAUAGCCUGCCUGGAAGUGCAACGUUCUUCCUCACAUUUGUUGCGCUGAAAUUCUUUGUUGGCUAUGGGCUUGAGCUCUCUCGCUUGGUUCCCCUCAUCAUUUUCCAUCUGAAAAGGAAGUACCUAUGCAAGACGGAGGAGGAUGUGAAAGCAGCAUGGGCUCCAGGAGAUCUGGGAUAUAACACCAGGGUCCCAAAUGACAUGCUCAUUGCAACAGUUGUUCUGUGCUACUCAGUCAUUGCACCUUUGAUUAUACCAUUCGGUGUUGCAUACUUUGCCCUUGGGUGGCUUAUAGCAAAAAAUCAGAUUCUGAGAGUUUAUGUUCCGAGCUACGAGAGCUACGGACGAAUGUGGCCACACAUGCACACGAGGAUCAUCACAGCUCUGAUGGUUUACCAGACUACCAUGAUCGGCUUCAUCCCCCUGAAAAAGUUUUACUAUGUACCUGUUCUUGUGCCCCUGCUUCCAAUAAGCAUCAUCUUCGCCUAUGUCUGCCAUAUGCGCUUUUACCCAGCAUUUGCCAAGACUCCUCUGGAGGUGGUGGCACAGCACGACCUGAAGGAAACUCCAAACAUGGAAACCAUCUAUACCUCAUACAUACCUCCGUGCUUGAAGCCUGAAAAACUUGAAGAUUUGGACGCAUUUGAGGAUGCUCAGUCACACAAAACCUCCAGAGCCCCAUCUGUUUAGCUGUGCAAUCUAGACUGUCGGAAAAGACCGAAGAAAUUCUGCACACCUGUCGUCAAGUACUCAAGUUCAUGCAGGAUUUCUGGUGAAUUUCCAUGCUUCCACGUGAACCCUCUGAACCUGAGUUUCAGGAUAGGAAUCUGAUGUGAAAUGUACAUAUGCUCGAGCUAUUUGUCUGCUGAACAUGUGUGGACUUGUAGGUUCUGGUAGCUGCUGUGGAUAUUAGCGGGUUCUAAGUUUGUCUUCGUUUCUAUCCAUGCGCGUGUGUUUACUGUAGACUAUGCUGUGUUGUUGUGUAGGAUAACUGUGAAUCGGUUUGCCUGAUGCUCUGUGAUUCCAUUUAACAGAACUGCUCAUAUAUUAUUGUAAGCUGUUGAUGAAGUUCAUACUUUCGAGUGGGCUGUCUA